GGAAUGGAUGCCUUUCCCUCUCCUCCUCAGAUAUCUUGGGCAUCCGCAAACGGCAGCGAUCGACCGAUGUCUCUUGAUAUACGCAUUGCUCCAUAUUGUCCUCAGCACCAACUUGAGGCGUUCUUAUCGCGCAAUAGCUGACAUCUCCCACACUACCGGAAACGCCAGUCGUCGAACAGGUGCUUGAAAACCGAGAGCUCGGCCAGCUUGACUUUGCCGGGCCGCUUCUUGGUAACCGCCGCUGCGUCAGGGCAUCAAUUAACGAAAAGCCACAAAUCUCAAUCCGCAACCAGGACGACGACCAGGGUCUAGGUUCAUACCGCGUCUCAGUCGCAGCCCUACCUCGCCUUCCCUCCUCAUGCGAAGGUCCUCUAAGCAUACGUGUACCAGCAGCCAUGGAACUAUAACGUCGUUGACACAACACCCCGGUCCGGCUCCCAACCCUAUCACCUGCGGGAGUGCGCAAAGUCAUCGCUGCAUGCCGUGCGGGACGUCCAAUUGACCACUGUGGAAGUCGUGGGUAAUCUUUUGAAUACCCAGUGCUCUAUCUCACGUUGUCAAAUACCCUCUCUUUGGAUUUUUGAAUUGGCGCCCAAUUCAGCACCCUCAGCUACACCAUGGCGGACACUGGCACAGGGAAUCGCUUUUCUCCCAUUACCCCAGAUGACCACGCAGGCUCGGUCUGGAUAUCUGCUUCGCUAUGUCUUGUAUAUUCUGUCAUCACCUUGGGCUUGAGGGGACACCUGCGCAGGAAGAUAUAUGGCGUGGACGACUACCUUGCGUUUGCAGCAACGGUCAUCCAAGUUGGAGAGGUCGCUGCGAUCAUGGUUGGGCUCAACCAUGGACUGGGUAAAACGCAGGACUUACUCCGCCAAAGUGAAUUGGAAAAGGCCAGCCGCGCUGCAUUUGCUGGCGAACUCAUGUUCAUCCUAGCCCUUGCCGCAGCCAAAGCAUCUACACUAUAUCUCAUGCUAAGGCUAUUCAAUCUGAGCGGCCCAAAAGCGACCAGUCAAGGUCAAUCGAGAACAUUCUACUGGGUGGGCCUCUCUGUUCUCGCAGCCAUGGGGAUCUGGGGCCUCCUUUCCGUGAUAGCAGUCUCUGUUGACUGCCCCGUAUCGACCUUCAUUCAGGGAAACUCAUCACAAUGUUCUCACCAGUUUUUGCGUUGGCAGCUGAUCACUGCUUUCGAUGUGGUGACAGAAUGCAUCUUGAUACUGCUUUCAAUCGUGAUCGUUCUGCCCGUGCAGAUUGCUUUUGUGCUGAAAUGCCAGGUGGUCCUUGCCUUUGCUUUCCGCUUGCCCCUCGUGGCACUGUCGAUCCUCCACCUCAAAUUCAUCUCCGAGUAUACCACAUCCAAUAACCCGGGCAUUGAUCUGGUCCCCGCGCUUGUUCUUCAGCAAGUCCAACUCUGCUGGUCCCUCAUGUCGGCUACGAUUCCAAACCUCAAGUCCUUUGUCAAGAGCUUCAGCAGCGGCUUCGGCAUCCAGCUGGAUCCUGCAAGCACACAAGCCUACAGUUCAUCGGGACGCUAUAACCGAUCGCAUGGAUAUGAGCUCGGCUCGGUGGGGAAAGAUUCCAAGUCACGGUCGACCAAUCGAUCAUAUCAUGACAUUGAAGAACAGGGACCGCUUCCGCAGCAGGUGCGGAGUGGCGGCAAGACCAGAGAUCAAGAGUCGAUCGACAGCGUUGGCAGUCAAGACCAUAUCAUACGAAAAGAUGUUCAGUGGAAUGUUCGUUACGAGACCGAUCAGGGCAAGAUCUGAUCUGAUCUGAUCGCCUAGUUGAGGAGGGUGACAGUGUCAACGUUACGAUUUUGCCUCUGGAUGAGGUGCUCCUGGCGUACGGAGGGACUACUGUGUAUAGUGUGGGCAAUGAUACGGAGUACGGAAGACUGUACUAUUGGUCAGUAACAGCGAGAAUGGGUUGGGAGUAGAAAAUUCGACGAGGCUCAUGCACUGGAAAUGGUCUAAAUGUACGGGAAGGAGUACUUGUGGUUUGCUGGCACAUCACAAUGGUGCAAAGAUAGACUGGGGACCUCACGAAGUAUUCUAAAACGAGGUCAAGGACGACCGACUUCGCACAGCUAAUAUCGGGCGUGUACAUGUGUGAGGAUGGUUGGAAUUCCCAUCUUGUUAGUCCGUACCAUACUGAGAUUGCUCAGCACGCCAGUGUGCUUGUUGUGACUCCUAUAUGCCGGCAAUUACUAGGUAGGUGGCAGUCGUACUUUUGCUCAACGCACGAUCACGCUCGAUCGAUGCCUGAAGUCGUGCACCUUAUCUUUGG